UAAAACGGCUUUCUCACUCACAAGUCACAACCACUUAUUAUCUUCUCUUUCCAAGUGAUCACUUCAUCUCUCUUCCCUCCCCAACCAUCCUUCUUCUACACAUAAAUUCUUAGUUUCCUACCCACCUUCACCACACUAACUUGGGAAAAAAUCCCUAAAAAAUCUUCUAAAUACAAAAACAGGGGAAGAUUUUGUUUAAGGGUUGGUUAUCAACCGAAGCACUCUAGCAACACUAAAACAAUGGAAGAAGUAAUGAAAGCAAUGGCAGCAAUCAACCCAGAAGACAUAGCCCAAGAUUACCCACCGUUCUUAGUCAUCCACAAAGACGGAACCGUCCAGAGAUUCUUCGGCACAGAACGUGUGCCACCCUGCGUCGAUGCCGACACGGGCGUGGAGUCACAAGACGUGGUGAUAACCCCUGAAGAACACGGCGGUGUUUGGGUGCGGCUAUACAAGCCAAAUCCAAAAGAUAACCAUAUGGGUCGAUUACCCGUGCUUGUGUACUUUCAUGGUGGAGGCUUCUGCGUCGAAUCUGCAGCAUCGCCUCUGUACCAUAAUCACCUCAAUUCUGUAUCUGCUAAAGGUAAUGUGAUUAUGGUAUCUGUUGAUUAUAGGCUUGCACCGGAAUACCCACUUCCUACGGCGUACGAAGAUUCAUGGGAAGCUCUAAAAUGGGUCGAAAAUGGAGGUGGAAAUGGGUAUAAAUGGAUCCAAGACUAUGCGGAUCUAGAUCGUGUGUAUUUGGGUGGAGAUAGUGCAGGUGCUAACAUCGCUCAUCAUAUGGCAAAAAGAUUAGGGUUAAGAACAGAAAAGGGGAAAUUGAAAUUGAAAGGAAUUCUGUUAAUCCACCCAUAUUUCUGGGGAUCCGAAAGGAUUGGAUCCGAGCUCCAGAAAAGGGGGAAAGUUGAAGAAGGUAAAGGAUUAGCAGAAAAAUUGUGGGCACUUGUAAAUCCAGGAUCAAGUGGGAUAGAUGACCCGUUAAUAAACCCGGGUAAUGACCCGGAAUUGGGGUGUUUGGGUGGGGAAAAGGUGAUGGUAUGGGUGGCGGAGCAUGAUGGAUUGAGAGAUAGGGGGUUUUACUACAAGGAGAUGUUAGUUAAGAGUGGUUGUAAGGCAAAGGUUGAAGUGGCAGAAACUCUUGGAGAGAAUCAUGUAUUUCAUUUGACGAAUCCGGGUUCUCCCAAUGUGGAUCCGUUUAUGAAUCAGGUUAUUCAGUUUAUCAACUCUUCUUAGAUAGAUAUUUGCUCCUUCAUGUGAGAAGAUACUACCCCGGACUCCAACCCGUGCGGGAUAUUUUGUUAAUGAGUUAUUUCAGACUCGGACUUGUGCAAGAUAGUGCGUUGAUGAGUUAUGACUAUGACUAUAUGAGAAGAUACUAUUAAACUAUUUUCCAUUAAUAAUGACAUUAUUUUUUUUUUUUUGAGUUUUUAUUAAUGAAUGGUUUAAAAUUAUCUGCAAGAACCCAAGAUUGUCUUGCAUUGCAUGAUUUCAUUGGAUCAAUUGCAAUAAUAAUUCAAAAGUAAUGUCAUUUGUGUAGAUUUAAUCUCAUUAAAUUGUAGGCGCUUUUUAUUUAUGUGAAUUACAAUUAUAAUAUUUCAUAUUAGCAUACAAAGCUAAAAUUUAUGCAAUGUAUGAAGUAUCAAUUGCUAUAAUAAUUCAAAUUUACUGUCA